AUGACGGUGUCAUAUGCCCUCGGCUCAACACGACUCUCGCGAUCGAAGAUUGUCUAUGCCUCUCAAGCAAGGACAAUUCUGAUACUACGCGUCUUCUCGGAAGCUGCCGGUCUGUUCCUCGCAGGCACGGUCCAUUCGACGUUCGAUUUGGUCCAAUGGGUUUUGAUCUCACGGCCUGAAGGUAUCGGGUUCCCUCAAUUUCUGGCUUUGCAACCUGGCACAGGGCCACUUGGUCUACUUGUCCUAGCGUUCGGAAGAGGUCUCCCACCAAGCGAAUGGCCUAUGAAACCGCGCUUGAUGAGCCUUCUUCGGCUCGUUUCAGAAAUUUCAAUACCGCUACUGGGGGUGUUAAUCAUGAGCAAUGUAAAUACCGAAUUGACAUAUAUUGCUAUAGGUGACACGGUGAAACCUAUGGCAUUUGGCAUGGAGCCGUUCAACAGUAGUGUUGCUCCUCAGCUAGGAGUUAUGGAGGACAUGCUCUUCAACUUAGGCUACGUCUCCUUCCUUUCGAAUCCACUACACGCGAUCGAUAUUACGCCUGACGUCGCACGACAUGAAGGAUGCGCAAAAGGCAUGGGCCUGGAGCCCAAUCAAAGUUGCCUGCACGAAAUUCUGAUCGCACAGGAGUUUCAGAACGUCAACGCAAAUUUGCCACUGUCUCGCAGUUCAGACUCUCAGGUGGUCCUCUCAGCAAAUCAGCAGAUUUUCUUGCUCGAGUUUCGCGAUAAUAUCAAAGGGACGGCCAGUGCCCUAGAUUGUAAAGACUUCAAUGCUGGUCCAGCUUUUUACACUCUCUGCAUAAGCGAUAUGCAAGAUGGAAGCAUCAAUGCCAGGAUGAUUCCAUGUCCUGCGAAUCUCAUUGUCAACAAGCAGUGCAAAAAUGACACUAGCUGGCGAUCAUCGAGAGGGUUUUCGACGUCUCUUCACGCCUCGUACGUGCCUGCUACUGUUGCCUAUCAGCGGUUGGAUGGUCGCAUACUCUGGCAUGAAGUACAGUCAGAUCCGCAGCCUGCCAAACUCAACGCCGCUGAUGUCCUGGAUGCCCUCAGCGCCAUUCUAGCUACCAACAGCACUGCCGCUGGAGUUGUGGCAUCAAAUCCCAUUCUUGGCUCUCCCACUAAUUUCUUUGGUCGCCUAGUUGCAGGCCACAUGUAUCGAAUCGGCAGAUUGAACCUGAGCACGAAUAUUGAAGCGCACUGGAAGGGCACGAACGCGCUGCAAAACCUGUUAGGCAUCACGUUGUUUUACUGUCAAAACGGGAUUUUAAGCCAAACUGUUCUGCCAUUCUUAUCCAACUCCACCGACAUUUCGGACUUUUAUAGCAGAGGCGCCUUCGAGCAGCCGGCGAAGUCAUCGCUUGUCUCAUUCGCAGACACACGCUAUAGGAUCAGGGUUGGUCGUGGGACACUUUACGCAUACAUCGCCCUCAGUGGCUUCACACUUUCAGUCUGCAUCAUUACGCUUCUCAUUGGAAGUCUCUUGGAGCUUACACAUUUCGACGCCGAGCCCACCCUUUAUCCGUCCUUGGAUUUCUAUACCCAAUGCAGAGUCGAAGACGCAAAUGGAAAGAUUAUACCAGCACAUAAACGAGUCGAGUUGGCUUGGAUCUACGACGGCCAGCAGAUGUUUAAGGAGAUCGAGGGGUUGAAAGUUAGGAGAAGGAAGAGGCAGGCGCGGCCGCUAGAACUCGAAGCACAGGAUGCAUGA